GAGUUCCAAGAGGAUGACAAUCCCACAAAGUGCAAUAAAGUCCGCUGCACCUACUGCGGGUUCGUUCGCGCAAAGAACACAACUCGUCAGGUCGAGCACUUGCAGGAGUGUCAACAGUACUUGAGCUCCCCUGAAUACGUCGAGUCGCUCAACGAAGCCGAAGCCUCGCAGCAGCAGCAGCAGCAGCAGCAAGACGAGGGCAAUACGAGUAUCAUGUCUGGUAUCAACAACUCACCACUACAAGCCACCCCCAACUCGGCUCAGAGGAACCAGUUUUUGAUGGGAAACAGACCCAAUCCAAAUCUUCAGGUCAACCGCCGUGGACCCAACAAGCGCACACGGGAUGGUCAGAUCAAGAAUGGCCAACGUGCUAUGCCCGCUCCUAUUGCGCCCAACCCACCUGCUCAGAGUCCAAGUCUCGCCGCAUACCUCUUGACUCAGAACACCAAUUCCUUCACAGCUGCCACGCAGACAUCGUUCCUCUCUCAUGCUGGUUGUGGCACUCUCAGCGCUGGCGCAAUGAGCCAAUGGCUGGCACAAGAUUCACACAUCUCGCGUGGAUAUAUUGCCUUUGUUGGACAGCUCAUUGGCAAGAUCCGCCUACCCAUCGUCGCGAACUCGCAAUCACACCCUCUUUAUCGAGCUAUGGACUUGCUAAUUAGUGCUCUGAACAACGUUCGCAGAGAGAUGAGCUUUUUCGAAAUCACCGCUACCAAGUUCAACCUACAGGUACCAAAGGAAGAUCCAAACCCAAUCACCAGAAGCUUUCUCGACUUGUUCGUUUCAGCAAGUUCGCCAGCCGCAAGUCUGCUCGAAGGCGCUGUCGUGCUGUGGGCCAUCGAACACUGUUAUCGUGCAUCAUGGGCAUACGCAGCUAGCUUCUCGUCAAGCCUCAACCAGCCCAUCCUGCCAUACUCUUCCAACGGAGACUCGCAUAAUGCUGCCUUACAUCAAUCGUUGAUUCCAAACUGGACAUCGGCUGCUUUUGCAAAGUUUGUAGACGCGUGCAAGGCUGUUGUUGACGAGCUUGCUAAUGCCGAAACUUCGCCUAAUGGUCGUGAACAAAUGUCUCGCUGUCUAAGUGCAUUCAACCAAGUUCUUUGGCUCUGGGAACGUACCUGGCCUUCAGUCGAUGGCAUGGGCGAGGAGAAUGAGAGUGCA